AUGGAUUUCAUCCGCAAGUUAUCCAUCGCUGUUGCUGUAACUGCGGCAGCUCUAACUGAAGCUCAUCCUUUGAACCAAUUUGGCUACCGUGAUUAUCCGGCUCAGUCCAAUGGCAAUAACGAAUCUUCUAGCUUGGUGUAUUCAUCAAGCCAACCACCCAUUCUACCCAUUUCCUUCAGCAGCAACUCCACAUCUGGGUCCUCAACCAGUGUUCCAACUAGUUACACUCUACCGGCUAGUGUAUACAUCGGCCCGUUGACCACUACAACUGCCGCAAGGAAGAACAUCUCCAUGCCACAAGUCCUCAAGCCUGCUUUGACCACAGGUGGACCCCUCACCAUUCCGGCUGUACCGUUAAACACCACCACGUCGACAGUUACAGUGACUUACAAUCUCGGAAAUAGAACUCGGACCUCCAGUAUCACGCGAACUUCAACCAUUGGUCCAACUCCGGAAGCCCAGGAAGCCCGGGAAGCCCAGGAAGCCCAGGAAGUCCGGGAAGUCCAGGAAGUCCAGGAAGUCCAGGAAGUCCGGGAAGCCCAGGAAGUCCAGGAAGUCCAGGAAGCCCGGGAAGCCCGGGAAGCCCAGGAAGUCCAGGAAGUCCGGGAAGCCCAGGAAGUCCAGGAAGUCCAGGAAGUCCAGGAAGUCCAGGAAGCCCAGGAAGCCCAGGAAGCCCAGGAAGCCCAGGAAGCCCAGGAAGCCCAGGAAGUCCAGGAAGUCCAGGAAGCCCGGGAAGCCCAGGAAGUCCAGGAAGUCCAGGAAGUCCAGGAAGUCCGGGAAGUCCGGGAAGUCCGGGAAGUCCGGGAAGCCCAGGAAGUCCAGGAAGUCCAGGAAGUCCGGGAAGUCCAGGAGGUCCAGGAGGUCCAGGAGGUCCAGGUGGACUUCCAGUCUCUGGAUGCCCCCACACUAUCCGCUAGUGCACCUCUUGCGUCGGUGGUAGUCACGCGAAUUCCACAUAACAAUGAUACAUCGACCACUCGCCCAGGUGCUCCCUACUCUACCGGAAUACUUCCACAGGCCCAACUUAGUGGUGCUUCUGGGUACUUGAGAAGCAUGCGUCCGAUGCCCUCCAGAGGCUUUGGCCAUUGA